ACUAAAUUAAGAUUCAAAUUAUUUUUUUUGUCAGUAGACAGUGUUAUCUAAUUUAAAACUAAAUAUUGUUGAAUCAAAAUAAAAAUUAAUUAUGAAGUUUAUAUCUAAAUCGUCAAUCUCAUUAGCUAGAAAAUAUUUUUGACAAAUAUCAUUGGAUAGGAUUCGCUAGUUGAGAAAGUCAUGAGUAAGCGCCAUCUUGUGAUGCUUCAGAGUACUUGCAUAAUGUUUUUGGAACAGGGAUCGUCAUCUCACAAAUUUGUGGUUGUGUAUUACGAUAACAAAGAAGUAGGUGAUUUAUUAAGCGAAUAAAUAGAGAAUUUAUAGAGAUUCUGCGGUUCUACGCAUGAUAUGCUUUUAAGGAAAGACAUAGAAGAUUCUCGAAAUAAUUGACGCAGUUUUUGUCAUUGCAUACGGAGACAAAAUAAUGCGAGGUGCGUAUGUAUGACGUACGAUCAAUAAAUUACUAAGAAAUUCGCAUCAAAGUUUAUCUUAAAAAUGCUUUUCUUUUGCUGUGAGAUAUUAAAUAGAAAAACUCUGAACUUAAAUUCGUAACUGUAAGAAAAAGUUGUGAGCAUUGUUUCUACUUGAAUAGCAUUUCAAUGUCUAUCUAUACAAUGACAGUAGCCACAAGUUGACAUUAAUUGGCAGUGCCCAUAUUCUACGAUUCUGUUCUAAAAAUUCGAACACCGGGAAUAAAUAAAAUUCAUAAUACGUUGCGACUUCGUAGUAAUUUGAAUAAAUAUUUUUUGCUUAAUCAUUAUAUUAAUGAAUUAUGUGUGUAUAUGUAUGUGAGGUAAACAAGUAUAAAUAAAUAUGUCUCAUGGCUGCAAAAAAGUUACACAACAGGGAAAAUGGAAAUAUAGGAAGAGUACAACAGUGGUUGCAAGAUCAAUCAUUCUAUACUUUAAACAUAUAUGAAUUUCCUUUGACUUUGCAAUUUAAGAAAUUGCAGAAUCAGCAAGGGAAUAAAAUUUAUGAUAAAGAUAUCCAUCGAACAUAUAAAUAUUUUUUAAGAUAUUUGCACAAUAACUUGGAUUUCUUACAAAAGAAAUGGCUAUCAAUAUUAUUUAUUCACGAUAUUGCUACUAAACCUGCAAUAAGAAGUUUUUUUUACUUCAAUAAUGGAUCAAAUUUCAGUGAAAGGUUUUUUUUUAAAGUACAUAAAAUAUGGUCACUAUCAAGGUGUACAACUGAACAAUAUCUGAAGGUGGACAAAUGCUAUGUUGAGAUAAAUACAAAUCCUAUGUCAUUAGAAAUGGCUCAUUCUAGUGUAGAAGCUGACUCAGUCAAUCAUCUUGAAACUAUAACUUCAGAAAAUUUGGGUGUAGAUUUUGAGGAAUCACAAUUACCAAUAUAUACUUCAACUAUUAAUACAACGCAUUCAGCUCAUAUUACACAAACAGAUCAUGAAGACAAUGUAUCUACUACUGAUUUCAAGCAUGAUAAUACUUUGACCACUUAUAGUGAUGCGUGUCGUACAAAAGAUUUAAAUAAAAUAGCAUUAAUGGAUUAUCUUGUAAAUGAUAGUAGUGCUACAAGCUCUUCUAUGAAUAGCCAACAUGAAUAUUCAUCAGGUUCAUCAAUAGAAAAUGUUAAAAAAGUAAUAUUACAUAAUGAUGAGAUUGCAGAGUAUGAAAAUGAAGUUCUUGGUGAUCCAUUUUAUGAAUCAGAUUGUGGAAGCGAAGGAAAUGAAACAUCAGAAGUUGCUCCAAAAGAAAAUGAUGAAUGUAAAGAGAAAGUAUUAGGGAAGUUAGAAGAUGAAGAAAUGCAUGAUAAUUGUUCCCAAGCAGAAAGUACACGUGCAGAGAACAUGCAACACAAAUUGACUGAUUUCACGAGUUCAUCAGUAUGCAAUAAUUCUAAUACAAGCAAUCAUUACUUUAUAGAUGCAUCUUCUCUGAAUGAUGAAAUGGAAAUUUUAAAUAUAAAUGUUAAAGAAGAUGUACAAACUGGUAGGAACACAGGAUCUUAUAUGUCUGUUUCUGCUGAUUUUGCACAGACUUUAUCAAGUACUACUGCAGAUCAAUUCUAUAAGUUUACAUGUCCAUUUAAAGUAACAAAUUUACAGAAUGAAUGUAGUAAAAUUGCGGAAUUUGAACCGGAAAGGAAAGUAACAAAAUACUUUCAACCAUUUGCUGACAUAGCUAGGAUAACGAAAGUUAAUUCUACAUUAAUCAGUAAAGAUGAUGUGAAUAAAGGUACAAACAAAGAGUCAUUAGCCGUAGAAAUUAAAGAAGCAGAUAGCGGUGAAAGUACACAUGCUUCACCUUGUCCUGAUAAUAGCACAAAUCUCAAUAAUUGUCAAGAUAAAAUAAAUGUAAACAGUGAUGAGAACUUACUCUUGGAUAUUACAAAUGAUGAGUUAGAGAAUCCUAAAAAAAGUACUACAAAUUUUACUGGAGAUACACAGCAACCAUUAUUAAUAAGAAGAAAUACAUUUGAACUUGAUUCAAGUGAUAAGCUUUCUGUUUUAAGGCAAGAAUAUGAACGUAGACAAGGCAAUCUUGUUUUUCAAAGUGCCAUACCACAAUAUUCAGGACAUCGUGUAGAUAGUGAUAUGAUUUCUAGUGUGGCACCAGAUUCAACAGCUGUAUCUAUCAAUGAUGUAUUAAAUAAUUAUACUUCUGAUAUUCAAGUAGCAACUACAAAUAUGCAGUAUCAUACAAGAUAUUUAUCUUUAGACAGUUAUGAACAUAAAAUUGAUAAAAAGAUAUUAGAAAAUAAUUAUCUUCUGCAAAAUAGUAUUACUAAUUCUGAUAUAUUAUAUCCUGCAAUAGAUAUAACGAAUGAUAAAGUUGCAUCACACAGUUAUGCAGAUGAUGAUAAUGCGUAUAAGUGUAGCAAUAGCUUACCAGUUACUGUAGAUUGUAAUUUAGAAAAUGUUAAAUCUAUAGAUGUCAUCAGAAAAACUAAAAGAAAUGAAACUGCUCCUAUUAUUUCUGGUGGUGUUAGCACAUCAGAUUUUACGAAACCCAUCGAUAGUCCUAUCGUACAACGUAAAACAGAAUCCACACCUAUUGUAUCAGGUGGUUCUGUGAUUAUGGAUGAUACUAAAGAUAGACCAUCAAGAAUGUCUUCUUCCAUGACUGCAUGGAUUGUAGAUAUGAGUGAUUGUACAAAGGAUGAAUCAGGAUCAAGCGCAAAAGAUAACUCUGUAACAAAUAUGUCACAAAGCUUUUCUACUUCUGAAUGUGUUAAAAAUUUUGUAAGAUCUAACAACCAUGAAAAGUAUAGCAGUUUAGGUUUUUUUGUCAAUUUAAAUAAUGUAGAAUCAAGGGAAGAGGUACCAGUCAAAGAAAAUGUGGAAAACAAAAAAGAGUCAUAUAAAACUGAUAAAGCAUAUUGUGAAUUCUAUAUUGAUAUAUCUAAUAAAAAUGAUUUUCCGAAGAAUAAAAAGAUUGUAAAAGAGGAUACGAAUCAUAAAAACGUUGAAGAAGGUGAUAAGAAGAACAUAUUCUCUAUGUUUAUUGAUUUAAGUGAUCCACAAAAAACAACUGAAAAUGCUCAGAAAACAACGCAUAAACGAAAUUUAUCAUCAUUUACUGAUAAACGCAUGGAAACGAAAAUUGACGAAGUUGUGACAAGUGAAAACUCUAAUACUCUUCAAGAGGAUCAAAAUUUAAAUUCAACAAAAUCUAUAAAAGAAAAACCAAAACGAGGUGUUUUUAUGUUUAUUGAAUCUGAUUCUCCUAUAGUAAGAAGACGAACGUUGUCCUCUUCACGAUCAGUUUUAAAACGUCAUUCGUGGAAUAUCGAUAAAACACAAAGUAAUAAUGGCAAUGGACAAGCUGCUAAGGAAUUAAUAAUAAAAAAAGAACACAAACGCGCGCAUAGCUUGUCAGUAGAUCAAAGGGAUUUGAAGAAGAUGCAAACAAAGCAAAGUUCUUCUAGUCAUUCUCUUAGUGAUGCUGCAGGAGGUGAAUCCACAAACCAUAAGAAUUCAAAUUUUUUACAAGAAUUGGAAAGUAAUUCUAAUAAUAAUAUGGAUACAUCCACAGAAGAAUGUUUGGCAUAUGAUAUAAAGGAUACGCCACCAAACUCUCACAUAGAAAUCAUUGAUAAGGAACUACGUGCGAGUAUCAAACAUCAACAAUACAAGGAAUUAGGUAAUGAUAGAGAGCAGCAGUUGGAAGAUGAUCCAAAAAUAUAUGAGGACGAGUAUUCAGACAUGUCUGGAUGGGGGAAGACUUGCACAGAAAGUACUAAUGGACAAACACGUAAAAGUGAAACAUUUGACAUUAGCAGUGGCAGUGGGCCAUCUCCAAAUAGCGAUCAUCGUGAUUAUGAAUUAUCAGAUUUAUUAAGCAGGGAUGUGGAAACUACAGCUAAUAAACAUCCAAUUAUUCCUUCGACUGGCAAUAAAAUAUUAGAAACUCAUAAAUCUUUAAAUGAAACAAUUAAGAAAAUAGAAUGUGAGUUAAAAGGCCCAGAGUAUGAAAAAUUAGAUAUAACUUAUAACAAUCAUACAUCUAUAUCAAAUACAGAUGAAAAUCUUGUCAGCCAUGAUGUAAAGGAGCUAAAAUUGAAUAAAAAAAAAUCAAGUUCUAAAUUUGUGAGACUUUCGGACCUAACUGAAACAUCAGGACAUUCUCAUACAUCAGAAUAUUUAAUUGGUAAGGAAAAUAGAGCUACAUACCGUAUGAGUAGUAGUAUUCCAGAAACAUCUUGGAUCGAAAGUAAAUUAGUUAUGUCAAGAACAAAUGAUUCAGUAAGAACUCUCUCACGUGUAUUUUCUUCUGUCAUGAGUACUUCACUACCGUCGAAACAAAAGUCACCGCUUGAAGAUUUAACUGGAGAUGGUGAGGCAGAAGGUAUCAUUUCUGAGAGUGACAUAAGUAGCAUGCAAAGCAGCAUGGGACGUUCUGGAGCUGAAGGAAGUACAGAAGAAACAGAAACAUCAAGUUUGGCUGGAGGGAAACCAUAUAAUCGAUUGGGUGAAGAUUUAUUAAGAAUGUUUUUGGAAGAGAUUAAUCCAGAUGUUACAAUUGAUGUAGCUGGAAGACGAAUUAGGGCACAUAAGUGUAUAUUAAGUUCUCGUUGUCAAUAUUUUGCGGCGAUUCUUAGUGGUGGAUGGAUUGAAAGUGCAGGAAAUGUGAUAUCUUUGCAAGGAUAUUCUUAUAAUGCAGUUCAUUUUGCACUACGUCAUAUAUAUAGCGGAGAAAGCAAUAUACCAGAUUCUAUAAGCAUUGUCGAAUUAGCUACAUUAGCUGAUAUGCUGUGUCUAGAGGGUCUUAAAGAAGUUAUAGGUUAUACUCUGAAAGUCAAAUAUUGUCAUCUUUUUCAUAAACCUUGCCAAGUAUGUGCUGUUGGAGUUUUGGAGUGUAUGCCAUUAGCUGCAGCUUAUGGGCUGGAUGAAAUAUAUCGUAAAUCUCUAAGAUGGAUAACAAGACAUUUUGUAAGAAUAUGGCCGUGCAAAGCAUUUGCAACCCUUCCAAGAGAAUUGAUGGAAAAGUGUUAUUUACAGCAUAUAGUACAUAUGUCUACAGAUAAUGUACUUCAAACUAUGAUGGAUUGUGAUAAACUGUUAGCAACUUUACCGAAUGUACGCUGGGCAGAACCAGUAUACAGAAUGGUUUCAAACUUGUUAGAAACAUCACUAAAAUUUUUAGCAGACAAUUUUGCAGCUAUAUUAAAUAAUGAAAAUUUUCAAUCACUUGGUCGUGAUUUAACAUGGAAUAUAAGUCGUUUGGAGGAUAACUUUUUAUCAGCUGCAGAACGUUUGCCACCUGAACAAGCAUGUAAAAGUUAUUCAAAAUUACAUAAAAUGUUGUCAUCCACGCAAACAGAUAACUUUCAAACAAAAAUGAAAUGGGGUCCGUUAUUUAUUGAGUUUUUAAAGAAAAUUCAAGUUCGUGUUGAAAAAUGUUUGGUUCGUGAGGCAGCAAGGGCUGCAAGAUCGACAACAUGGUUAAAAAUGGAUUUGGAACUUCGCCGUAGAAUACAAGAAUUAGCAUGUCUGGUUAUUCUACCACACGAAACAUCGAGAUGUCAAUCAAGGCAUUCGAACUUUAUAAAGGAAUCGAAAACAUCGUCUGCUUGCUCAGCAAGUCGCAAUUUAGAUCUAAAACGUGUGAAAAUGGCUAUAUCGGAACAUAACGAUAAAACAAUGAAGCAAAUGUCAACGACGCAAACGCGAAAAGUUUUAAAUAAACCUAAAAGCGAUCCCGUUGAACGAAAAAUGCAAGAGGAUAAUAAACCAAGCACCAGUGAUGCACCAAGUCGACCUAAGUCAUGGCCCAAUAAAAUAGAGGUAAAAUCUAGAUAUUUAGAACCAAGAACCAAAUUUGUACCUAAAGAAAAUGUGUCAGUAAGUCAAGAUAAAGUGAUAAUACAACGACGAAAAAUUACAAUUUCAUCGUCAGACUCAUCGCGUACAUCUAGUCCUGCGACAAAACGAGUGACAGAGAAGAAGCCUAUAGCAAGAGUAAAGCUGCCUGUAAAAAAAGACGUGAAAGCUCUUUCGUCUGAUAGUUUGACAGAAUCGAACAUGACCAGACCAAACAAGAAGAAAAAUGUGAUCAGUAAAAGUUGUGGUAUUACUCGUCCCGAAUCACCAUCCUUUAAACAGAAAAGCACAGAAAUUGGAUUGUCUGUAGAUUCAUUAGCAGAAUCUAAGAACAAGGCAUCGAUUGUAAAGAAAAAUGUUAACAAAAUGGAUACGUCAAUAUCUACGGAUAGUCUUAUGACAGAAAUAACUGCAAAUCCUAAAUCUAAUACGUUGCAGAAAUUAUCACCAACAUUAGGAAAAAGUAUAAACAAAACACAAAUUUAUGAUAAAACGAAGAAAAAUAUAUUGCCAAUUCAACAGAAGAAUCCAAUGACAGUAACACGUAGGCCACCAAGAUCAUUAGAGAAUUCAACCGCGGCCAGUAGAAGUAGAGCAGCAGCUAUAAGUGCUUAUCACGGUUCACCUAAUCUACGUAGGAAUCUUUUAGAUGCUGCAAAGACACCGGAUAUUUCAAGUAAAUCAGUAAAUAAUGUUGCUUGUAGGAUAUCAAAUGCACGACAAGCUUUACAAUCGACCACUAUGGUUAAUUCUAACGUGAAAAGAGAAAAGAAAGAUAAUAGCGCUAAUCAACAAGGAUCGGAUAACUCUAGCAGAAAAUCUUCCCCUAAAUCUGGCACUAACAGACUAAAUAAGCCGGCCCUUACUAAUAAAAAAUCAUCUUCCAAGGUCAACGAUGAAAAGAUCAAAACAAAGUGCCAUACCGAAGAGACUCCCAAACAACUUACAGUGGGUUCUAGAUCAGGCACGUUUCUUAAAGAUGAACCUACAAUACUUAAAAAAACGGACAUUAAGUCAUCUCAGAUAAGUACUUAAAUGUGCGUAUGAAAUGUAAUCUUUUUCAAGAUACAUACCUAUUAAUGAACACGCAUAGAAAGUCAUAUAACGCAACUACGAACGUGAUAAAUUAAAUGAAUCAUGCUCGAUAUAAGAUAGAUGAUAAUUUAAAUCAUAUUAUGGCACAAUAUAAAUGCACACUGGAAAUAUGUACAUGCAUAUGCUCGCAUGCACAUAUAUGAACGUUCUUAUAGCAUGUGAUUUUGUUACAAUAUCAAAUAUCGCUACAUACAGUCAGACGUUAUACUACACACACACACACGUGUGGGAUAUAUAUACGUCCAUGUAUAUUUUAAUCGCAUUCCUUUUUGACAUAAGUUUAUCAUUGAAAAUUAUACUAUUCAUUAUUUAUAAUUUAUUUGUAUUAUAUAUAUAUAUA